AUGUAUCGAAAAUCUUUCACCCUUCAUAAAUUAUACAAAAAUGAAAAUCGUAAAGAAAGUAGUAAACGACAACAAAAUAAUAUUUUUUCUCACAAAAGACGUUCUUCCUCUUUUGAUAAUAAAAAUCCACUUCAUCAACAUUCUCACAUAAAAUUUUCUACUGCGCUAACACCGGAUUGUUUCGCGGAAAUUUUGGCUCAUUUACAAGACGACAAAUCAACCUUAUACAAUUGUUUAUUGUUAAAUAGAUUAUGUUGUCGUCUGGUCGUUCCAUUAUUAUGGAGGC